AUGCCAUCCGUCCUCAAUAUCUUCUUCACUUUGCUAAGCAUCAGCCAUGUUACCUAUGGCACCAAGGUUGAGAAUAUCGGCAUACGCCCUAGUGGUCAUCUUCUGCUAAAUACCUUUGAUCAAGGAAAGAUGUAUACUAUUGAUCCUAGCACUAAGAAUCCAAAUAUUGAGCCAGACCUUUUUGCCAGUCUUCGAGCAACUAGUCUGGACUCGGAAUUGAUAACAUAUACUACAACAAUAGAUAUACCUAGCCUCGGUGUAUACGGAACAGUCACGCUUCACUCAGUUGCACCACCUCAGUAUCCUUGCGGGUUGAAUGUUGCGGGCGUGAGUGAGGAGAUGCUGCCAAAUGUUGGAUGGGCUAACGCUGUUCCCGACGCUUAUGCAUCGGUGGAUCUUGUCAUAAACGGCACGAAACUGCAGUUCAGUGAUGGUAUCGGAUAUCACGAUAAGAAUUGGGGAACUGCUCCAUUGGCAGACAAUUUGGAGACGUGGUAUUGGGGCCACGCACGUGUCGGACCAUAUUCGAUCGUAUGGUUCGAUGCCACUCCUCCUAACGGUGCCGAAAGGUUUUCCGCAUACGUGGCUAAAAACGGAAUCGUAGCCCAAGCGAGCUGCGCAAACAAAUCUGUGUUUGUGCGACCGUGGGGUGCCAAUAGUACCUAUCCACCACUGCCAUCCACUGGACCUAUGCAGGGGAUUGAAGUAACAUUUGAAUUAGGUAAUGGGGAAACCUUGGCUGCAAAUGUGACUACUGGCGCGUUCGUUGCGAGUGAUGGUGACUACUACGUCCGCACCUUGGGCUCAUUGUCAGCUACCAUCAAGUCGCCUGGCAGAGAUGAUGAAGUAUUUCACGGUGGCCGUGCCUUAUACGAGGAGUUCAAAUUUGGUCCAUCACAGAAAUAA